CAGAAAGUCAUUCCACUAUUAUGAAUUCAAUUUUCCAAGUAGAAACACGACCAACCCCUAGUACCAGUAGUAGUACAGAUACUGGAUCAGCUUUAGUUUCACAAACAGAAACUUUACAUGGUAAUACCAGAACAGUUGAAUACCAAGAGAGUCCACCCCAUGCUAAGAGGAGAAAAGUUAUAGCUAGAAGAGAGAAAGGAAAGAUGCCACCUGAAGAUGAAUUUAGGAUAAGAUCUAACUACGUGUAUUUAACAGAGAAUCUGAAUCCUCUACACCCAUUAUUAGACAGCUUAAUUGAAAUGUAUGUCCUAAAUGAAGAUGACUUGGAAAAAAUCAGUAGAGCGGAAUCUAGCGGUGGUACAAAACCAAUGAUUCGUCAAUUUCUAGAUAUUCUUCGAACUUGUGGUAGACAUGCAUAUCCAAAAUUUAUUGAUUGUUUAAAUAAAUCAGGAUAUGGAGCAGUAGCCGAACAAUUAUCAUCGGAUGUUGAUAUGGGUGGAAUAGUUAAAAGGGAAGAGAAACAAUUACAGGCAGAGAAAAAAUAUUUACAGUUACAGAAAAAACAUCAACAAAUAAAACGGGAGAGUGAACAGGCGCUUCGCAUAUCUGCCAAAGAGAACCGACGGAUAAAAACGACGUUGAACUCAUGGAGGAUGGCUUUAAAAACAAAAACCAAUAUCUUGGUUCGAUUUAAGUCUGAGAUGAGAACGAAAACGAAGCUACUUGACCAACUAAAAGAGGAACGGGACACAAGAAAUGAGGAUCUACAAAUGACGAAAGUGAGAAACCGUAUUUUGUGUGAUGAGCUGGACCGAAUUUAUGAACAAAAUGUUAUCAUAGACAGAAUUAAAGAAGAGUUUGAAGAUGAUAAUAAUGGACAAGAUGUAGGAAUAAAUGAAUCCGAUUAUUCGUCAGUUGAUAUUCAAGCAACAGAUGGGAAACUACUGGGAAAACAAGAACCUCUAGAUGUAUACCAGACUGAUGAUAUAGACUGUAGUCUACCAACAGAUGAUAAACUACUGGUAAAACAAGAACCUCUAGAUGUACAUCAGACUGAUGAUAUAGAUUGUAGUCUACCAACAGAUGAUAAACGGUUGAUAAAACAGGAAUUUUGGAAUAUAGAUGAGAUUGGUGAUAUUGACUGUAUGGACUUUAUAUGA